CAGGGUGGAGGAUUGGGACAGGAGUGGAGGAUGGGGGGGGAGCUUCUGUUUCCAAGGCAACAGUCUAGGAGCCCUCCCCACCUUCUGCCCCUCACCCCGCCCGGCCUCGGGGCCAGGCCACCGCCCCUGUUUUGUUUCCAUGGAGACUGUCGGCGCAGGCUGCUCCAAACAUAACGCGCUACGGAAAGCAUGCAGCUCGGGGGACCCCCCCGCCCCCCGCGUCGGAGGCAGCCCUCCCCGGGGGCGUGGGACACCCAGGGCCAGAGAAGUCCCUCCCCCUACCCGAAGGAAAGCUGGGGCUUAGUUCUAGGGCCAGACCUAGAACACCCCCGCGGUCCUGCUCCUCCUGCGGCCACGAGAUACCCCCCUCCAGUCCCGACCAGGACCUCAGCCCGGAGGUCGGGCCUUUCCUCUCAGACUUUCUCCAGCCCCAAUCUCCAUUACCCUUCCCCUUCUCCUCCCCAUAGCCCCGCCUCGAAGCGAGUCCCCCAGCCCCGUCAGCGCCGCGCCCGCUCCCCAUCCCCGCCCCAUGGCCACGCCUCGUCUCCCGGGAGGGACUCCCCUGCCUCGCCCCCUCAAGACCACGCCCCCCAGGAGUCUCCCUCCGAGGUUCCCGAAAGCCCCGCCCCAAUGGCGAUCUUCUCCGCCCUGAGACUUUCGGAGAGCUCAGAGUCGCUUCCGGGACAGAGGGCGGGAAAGAUGGCGGCGCCCAUGGAGCUGUACUGUUGGGCUGGGGGCUGGGGCUUGCCGUCCGUGGACCUGGAGAGCCUCAUCGUGCUGACUUAUGCCAGAUUCACUGGGGCCCCUCUCAAGGUACACAAGAUCACCAACCCCUGGAAGAGCCCCUCAGGAACCUUGCCUGCUCUCCGGACACCUGAUGCUAGCGUCAUCUCACAGCCACACAAGAUCAUCACUCAUCUAAGGAAACAGAAAUACAAUGCAGACUAUGAUCUGUCAGCCCGGCAAGGGGCAGAUACCUUGGCCUUCAUGUCAUUGCUAGAGGAGAAAUUGCUGCCUGUCUUGAUCCAUACUUUCUGGGUUGAUGCCAAGAAUUAUGUGGAGCUGACUCGAAAGUGGUAUGCUGAAGCCAUGCCCUUCCCCCUCAACCUGUUCCUACCAGGCCGAAUGCAGCGCAAGCACCUAGAGCGGCUCCAGCUCUUAUGUGGGGAGCGGAGGCCGGAGGAGGAGGAAGAAGUAGAGAAGGAGCUGUAUCGAGAGGCCCGGGAGUGCCUGACCCUGCUCUCUCAGCGCCUGGGCUCCCAGAAGUUCUUCUUUGGAGACUCUCCUGCCUCCCUUGAUGCUUUUGUCUUCAGUUAUGUGGCCCUGCUGCUUCAGGCUAAGCUACCGAAUGGGAAACUACAGGCCCAUGUUCGAGGGCUGGGCAACUUGUGUGCAUAUUGUACCCACAUCCUCAGUCUCUACUUUCCUUGGGAUGGAGCUGAAGCACCACCCCCACGACCAGCACUUUCAGCUUCAGAGACUGAUGAAGAACCAUAUCGACGAAGGGGACAAAUCCUGUCAGUGUUGGCUGGUUUGGCAGCCAUGGUGGGCUAUGCCCUGCUCAGUGGCAUUGUGUCUAUACAGCGGGCAGCUCCUGCUCGACCAUCAGGCAACCGGGCUUUAGGUAUUGCUGAGGAAGAGGAGGAGGAAUAAUAUUCUGAUGUUCCCGGACUUAGUUUUCUACUGCCGUGCAUUCCAAACAGCCCCUGUCUGUUCCCCUUUUGGGUACUUCCAGAGAUGAGCUGGUCAUCUCCACCCUCUAGAAUAAAUUUGCUUACAGUGGCCUGGCA